ACUGUUUGGCAUUUUUCGCGAAAUUCCCUUCUUCUUCUCUCUUAUCUUUUCCAUUUUCACCAAUUUUAUUUCCCAAAAAAAAAAAAACAACUUCAACUUUUACGUUAGCAAAAAAUAUUAAAAAUAAAGAAACGCGUUUCUCUCUCUUCUAUCUUUUUCUCCAUUUUCUCUGCAAUUUUACAGGAUACUGAACUCAGCAAUUCGAUUCUCGACGACUCAAUCGGGUUUGAUAAUUAGGGAAAUUGAGUGAGUAGAGAUGAAAGGAGAGGUACAAAUGGAGGAAACAUCAUCAUCAUCAUUUGGAGGAGUGCGGAAGUUAGAAGAGACAGAUACUGAUCCUUUACUUCCGAUGAGAAUGGAUGAUGAAGAUAUUGCUGUUAAAGCGUCGUCUUUUUCGACGGAGAUAGUGAAAGGUGAAGCUGAUGUUAGUAAUGGCGGCGAUAGUAAUGAUCUUGAAGCCGGUUCUGCUCCUUGUUGUCGCAUUUGUCUUGAAUGUGAUGGAGAGGAUGAUGAUGAGCUGAUAUCACCAUGCAUGUGCAAAGGCACCCAACAGUUUGUUCAUCGUUCAUGUCUUGAUCAUUGGCGUUCAGUGAAGGCAAGAUUUGCCUUUUCACAUUGCACGACUUGCAAAGCGCAAUUUCAUCUUCGUGUUGAAUCAUUUGAAGACAACUCUUGGCGAAAAUUGAAGUUCAGGCUAUUUGUUGCUAGAGAUGUUCUUCUUGUAUUUUUGGCUGUACAGACUGCAAUUGCAGCAAUGGGAGCCUUUGCAUAUCUCAUGGACAAAGAUGGGGCUUUCAGGAAUUCAUUUAGUGAUGGAUGGGAUCGUAUAUUGUCAAAGCAUCCUAUACCAUUUUACUACUGCAUAGGCGUGGUGACAUUCUUCGUGUUGCUUGGGUUCUGUGGGCUCAUAAUCCACUGCACCUCCCUCAACAGUAAUGAUCCUCACAUGGCUGGUUGCCAGAAUUGCUGUUAUGGAUGGGGUAUCUUGGAUUGUUUUCCUGCAUCAAUGGAAGCUUGCUUCGCACUUGUCAUUGUGUUUGUGGUGAUCUUUGCAAUACUAGGAAUCGCCUAUGGUUUUCUUGCUGCUACCAUGGCUGUCCAAAGAAUAUGGCAGAGACACUACCAUAUCCUCACAAAGAGGGAACUGACAAAGGAAUACAUUGUGGAGGAUUUACAUGGGUGUUAUACCCCACCUAAGCUAGAUCUGGAGCAUGAAGAACGACUCAAAAUGCUCAAGUUGUUAUGAGAAAAGAAAAUUUAUGUUAUGAUUUCGGGGAAUGUCCUGAGUCGUUAUUGUAAUAUAUUCAGCCAAUACAAGAGAUUGAAAUUACUAAAUAUUGGUAGUUUGUUUGAUUAUGGGGAAUCACAUAUCUUAUAGUUUUAUUUA